AUGGGACAAGCGACUAGCUCUCACAAAGAAACUGAUCAUGUACAAGAAGAUCAUCUGAAACUGGAAUUGCACUUCUUGUUUCAACUCAGGCUCACGCAGCUCCUAGGACCGGAUGAACUAGCGAUUCUAUCAGAGAGGUUGCUUAAAUAUGAUACUGAUGGCAAAGGUUUCAUAUCUACGGGAUAUUUGGAGAGAUUAUGCUUGUUAGGAUUGAGUCGAGACGAAUUUGCUAAAGAGGACUUUUCAUCGAAUCGGGGUUCAUUCUAUAAUGUUUUUCAAUCUAUUCACGACUCUUUCGUGGUUUUGAGUCAGCUACCGUUUCUAAACGACAGCAUGAGUAUGCUUGGAGACAAAAACCUAGAUCUGAAAGGAGUCGCCAUGGCUGCUGCUAUAUUUUCAGGAAAAUUGAGCAAGAUAUGGCCCCAAAGUGAUGUUUUUACCUUAUUGUUUGUGUCUUUAGCGGUGGGUCUGACUGAAAUGAUUGAGAAAAAUUCUCAACCGCAGAUGUCUUACUCAGUAGACGUCUUGAAAGCACUGUCUGAACAUGAAGGAGACAAUCUGGACCCUGCUAUUCUAAGCAAAAGAAUUCGAUGGCGAACAUUUGAGUCAUUGAACAACUUAGAUGACCUCGAUGUCCAGUCGUUGUCAUUAGCUGCAUCGGAGCUUUUGCAUUUGGUAGCGUUCUUUCUUCUCUUCAGCUCAUUGACGCCAAAAGCGCACCAUCUAAUGCGUAAAGAACUUGUUGAGAAAAUACAGCAGUGGGACCUGUAUCUACAAAGUGCAUUACCUGUCUUGAGGGCCAUUGAUCCCACCAUCAACGAUCGUAACUUGAAGUCCAAGUCGGUAUACCUUGAACAAUUGAGAUGUAGCGAGGGAGUGGGCUUGCCAGCUUUUAUGGUGAGGACCAUGCUGUUAUUGGUCAAGUUCGGACUCUUGCUGCUGGUCAGUGAAACUUCGGAAAACGAGAGGGGCAUGCAAUUUGUCGAAAGCAAAUCAAAAAAAGUCACAACUGCAAAAUCUCUAUUUGCCGAGACUAGACUAACGAAGUACUCGACAAUAUCAACUAUUGCUAUGGCACUUUCAACUCAAGAGGUGGGUGCUGAAAUUUCAUCAGAGAACCUUAUCGAAUUGUAUAGUGGAUCAAAGAGUGGCUUUUCCAUUCGUUCGCUUGAGCUGAAGAUUUUCAAAUGGCAAGCAGCUACACUUCUUUUGGUCUCGGGCAAGCGCAUCAAGCAGAAGACAAUGGAGACAAAUCGCAGGUAUCAGACAUUUGAUUUGGAGUACCCGCGCUAUUUCAGAUCAAAUGAAAAUCGACACCGUGAUUGGCAGGCUUCGAAUGAUACCAUUACUUACGCUGUAUACCUUAAUCAUCCCUGGGUUAAUUCAAACAAGAGCAAUUUCGGAGAUGAGAGCACUACAAUUAUUUCAUUGCAACCGCGGCUUGAUGUCUUUACAUCAAGAAAAUCUCUGGUGCUCGGGGGAAAGCUGGUUUACUUCAACAACUUAGGUAUGGGACUCGGUUUUGGGAACGAGCAGCCAAUUAACAAAAAUACGAGCCGCAAAUAUCUCCCUGGAUCGAUUUCAUUCACCAUAGAAGCUAAUUUGGAGUUCGCAAUAUUCCGGCAUCUUCCUGGCUCCUCCUCUAGUGCAUCUCAGUUCUUCAACACUUCAAAGGAUGCAACUAUCGCAUCUCAAGACUAUGAAGACCGUUUCACAAUCACUGACUUAGAGGUUUGGGGUGUUGGACUGAUGAAAGAGUUGGAGGAACAAAAGAAACAAUGGGAAUGGGAGGAGAAGCAAGCGUUGGCAAGACAAAGCGUCAAUAUAAGAAACCUAGGAGAAGACCGCGCUUUUCUCGAAAUGGCAGGAUUGGUUGGAAAUCAUGCAGGUGGUGGUUCUAUGUAA